AUGUCAGACUCCAAAGUCAUUGCCCCCGUGGCCGUAUCGGACACAACGUCUGACCUCGACAAUAGCACCAAGGCAGCUGGUCCAGUGAGCGCCGUCGAGUCCCAUGCUGGUGAGGUUAAGACCACAGUGUGGUGGCGCAAAAUCCUCAGCUAUGUCUGGGACUCCGUGGAGGGAGAUCCGGAAUAUCGUGCAUACGUGCAAAGACUGGACCUUUUUUUCUUCCCAACCGUUUGCCUCGGAUAUUUCAUCAAAUAUUUGGACCAAACAAACUACAGCAAUGCCUUCGUUAGCGGCAUGCAACAGGACCUUGGUUUAUACGGCAAUGAACGCAAUUGGCUGAAUACUUGGUUCAGUCUGGGCAUCAUGGUCGGCAGCAUACCAGCACAGAUGUUCCAGCUCAGUUACGUUCGCUCCUCUAUCCUCAUCCCAACUUGUGAGGUCGUGUGGUCUCUGUUGGUCAUUGGCAUGGGCUUCUCAAAGAAUAUCCAAACCAUGUAUGCGCUCCGCUUCUUUAUAGGCCUAUUUGAAGCCUGCGCUUUUCCCGGAUAUAUCGCCAUGCUUGGCGGUUGGUACGGCCCCAAAGAGCUUACCAAACGACUGGCUAUCCUUCUGCAAGUCGAGUCCAUUGCCAGCAUGUUCAGUGGGUACCUGCAGGCGGGGCUUUACACGAGCAUGAAUGGCCGACACGGCCUGGCUGGCUGGCGGUGGUUGUUCAUCAUGGAUGCUAUCAUCUCCUUGCCCAUUGCCUUUUGGGGCUUUUUUGGGUUGCCAGACCUCCCUCACAACACCAAGGCGUUUUACUGGUCUGCUGAUCACAUCAAAUAUGGUGUCGAGAGAAUUGAAAAGUUUGGCCAGCGGGCCCAGGAAAAGCUAACCUUGAAGGAGGCCAAGCGUAUAUACUUUGGUUGGGAAAUUUGGGUUUUUGUCGUUCCUUAUACCAUGGUCGCCGCCUGUCACACCGCUACAAGCUACUUCAACCUUUGGCUGAAGUCGGCUGGCUACAGCGUGGUGCAGGCAAACAUUUUGCCCACCGGUGGUAGUGCCUUGAACAUUGUCGCCACGGUCAUUUGGGGCAUUAUUGCAGACCAUACUGGUCAGAAUUAUCUCAUGAUCAUCAUCGUUCAAGCUCUGAUGAUUCUAUCCAACAUCCUCCUAUCGGUCUGGACUAUUCCAAAGGGUGCACUCAUGUUCGCGUACUACCUGUCCUACGCUGGCUCCGCAGCCACUCCUGUUUUGAUCAGUUGGGCAAACAGGCUUAACGCUGGCGAUCCCAGUUUGCGACAACUGCUAGUGGCCACAGCAAAUGUUGUCUCCUAUGCUUUUGUGCUUUGGGUGCCCUUGGUCUUGUUUCCGACUUACGAUGCGCCAAAGUACAAGUAUGGCUACCAGAUUCUCAUUUUGUUUGGAGGUCUGGCGAUUAUGAGCGUUACUUUGAUGUGGUACAUGUACAGAAGAAGAGAUCAAAGACAGGCUCAGCAAGAAGAUCAGGGUACGGAAGGUGGUCAAUUCGCAGAGGAUGAGAAGACCGCAGGACACUAA